AUGGAUGACAAAGUCGACGUCUCUUUGGUGAUAGCGAAGUCGAAGGUGGCACCUUUAAAACCACUUUCGAUUCAGCGUAUGGAGCUUCAGGCAGCAGUUAUGGGAGCACGCUUAGCCCACAAGGUGAUGAGCACGCGCAACCUGCGAAUCGAUAACGCCACAUACUGGUCGGAUUCAAAGACAGUACUGCAGUGGCCAACUAUGGACCCCCGUAACUUACAUCAGUUUGUGAUGCACAGAGUCGCCGAAAUCCUGGAAACAACGCCAGUCCUAUCGCCAGCGGUGGGUCCUUUCGCAGCUGAACGUAGAAGAUGGACAAAGAUAACCGACCAAACCCAGCAGAAGACGUGGAUAACGGGCCCUGGGUUCCUUAAAAUCCAGCCAUUGGCCAAGACCGACAAAGCGGGAGAUCAUCAUCGAUACUUCAGAAAUACGGAAGCAUGUGAUGACAACGCGUGCGAGAUCAGCAGUUACGUUCAAUGCGCACUUUUCUCGAACUGGUGGCGGUUGUAUAGAGCAGUGGCGCUGUUCGUCGAUCGGUUACGAGCGAAACGGGCCAAGCAAGACAUGCCAACCGCCACGACGAUGGACCAUGUGAGCAAAGCGAAGAUGCUACUUUAUAAGCAAUCUCAAGCCAUCGCCUUCGCCGAAGAGUUGGAGCGGCGCUGCACAAAGGAAACAGAUUGGUCGAACAGAUUGAACGCAUAUCUAAACAACGAUGGAGUACUGCAGACUAGAGGCAGACUGAACUCAAUUGACAUAGCUGAGGACGCAAUUAUACUAGUUCCAGGAUGCCGGAUAACUAACCUAAUAGUGAGAAGCUUUCACGAGAAGUACCAUCAUCACGCUACCACCAGCAAGCAAUAA